CUCAUAUCAAAGAGUCCCUCAAUCAGUUAAGAAGACUACUGUGACUUUUAGCAACUACACUCAAAGCACUGUUAUUCUUCAUUUCAACAUACCAAUUAUAGUUGAGUGUACUGGUGAAGCUCCUGAGAACGCUACUGUUACUAUACUGUGUAAUGAAACUGUUAUAUUUCAUAACAUAUAUCUUAUAGUGAAUUAUCAUAAUAAUGUAACAGGAUCAGUACCAAUACCACGUUAUAAAUCUAGCUGCUCAGUUAUAAUUGUAUUUAGUAAUGCUAUUGGUAGAAGUGAACCAUUUUUAUUAACAUUUGAAACUACUACUACUGUUAGUACUAUCAGUGAUGCACAAUCAUCUUCAAAAGUAUCUAUGCCAGUUCUUGCUGGAGCUAUUAUUGGUGGCAUUUUUGCUAUUCUAGUACUAAUAAUUUUUACAUGUAUUUUGGUAUUCUUAUGUUAUCGUAUAAAGGAAAAAAAAUUAUCCAAAGAUGAAGUAAGUCUAUCUCCAUCUACAACUAGACCUCAUGAUGCAUUUAAAACUGGACCUCAUGAUGAUUCUAAAACUGGACCUCAUGAUGAUUCUAAAACUGGACCUCAUGAUGCAUCUAAAAAUGGACCUCAUCAUAAGUCUGAAAUUGGACCUCAUGAUGCAUCUGAAACUGAACCUCAUGAUGCAUUUGAAACUGGACCUCAUGAUGCAUCUGAAACUGGACCUCAUGAUGCAUCUGAAAUCGGACCUCAUGAGACAGUCUGGGAUGGGGCCAGGCUAAUUUCAAACACAGAUGAUGCUGAUGAUAAUUCUGCUGAUCAAUUGUCUACUAAGAAAUCAAGCACAAUACCACGCGGAACUCAAAGACCUCCUUCGAGGAAAACUAGAAGUAGUUCUAUGAAAGUUCAAUCGAAUACAGAGCCGGAACAAGAUAAUUUAAUUUAGAGAGAGUUUUUUGGCUCAGGCACUAGACCUAUUCUAAUAUUGUACAAUCUACAUGUAUGUAGAGUAGUGUUG